ACCCUGAACAAUCAGGUUGUGAUGCCCGGAAACCUCCUCCUGCUGCUGUCCGGCGCCCUGGCCGUGGCCGAGAGCUGGGCGGGCUCCCACUCCCUGAGGUAUUUCUACACCGCGGUGUCCCGGCCCGGCCGCGGGGAGCCCCGCUUCAUCGCCGUCGGCUACGUGGACGACACGCAGUUCGUGCGGUUCGACAGCGACUCUGCCAGUCGGAGGCUGGAGCCGCGGGCGCGGUGGGUGGAGCAGGAGGGGCCGGAGUAUUGGGACCGGCAGACCCGGAACCUCAAGGACGCCGCACAGACUUACCGACUGAGCCUGAACACCCUGCGGGGCUACUACAACCAGAGCGAGGCCGGGUCUCACACCAUCCAGAACAUGUACGGCUGUGACGUGGGGCCCGACGGGCGCCUCCUCCGCGGGUACCGUCAAUACUCCUACGACGGCGCGGAUUAUCUCGCCCUGAACGAGGACCUGAGCUCCUGGACCGCGGCGGACACGGCAGCGCAGAUCUCCCGGCGCAAGUUAGAGGCGGCGGGUGAUGCAGAGCGCUGGAGGAGCUACCUGGAGGGCAGGUGCGUGGAGUGGCUCCAAAGGUACCUGGAGAUGGGGAACCAGACGCUGCUGCGCGCAGAACCACCCAACACACGCGUGACCCACCACCCUAUCUCUGACCGUGCUGUCACGCUGAGGUGCUGGGCCUUGGACUUCUACCCUGCGGAGAUCACCCUGACCUGGCACCAUGAUGGUGAGGACCUGACCCAGGACACAGAGCUUGUGGAGACCAGGCCUACAGGGAAUGGAACCUUCCAGAAGUGGGCGGCUGUGGUGGUGCCCUCUGGAGAGGAGCUGAGAUACACAUGCCAUGUGCAGCAUGAGGGGCUGCCUGAGCCCAUCACCUUGAGAUGGAAGCCACCUCCUCCUACCAUCCCCAUCACAUGGAUCAUUGCUGGCCUGGUGCUCCUGGCGGUCACUGUGGUGAUUGGCGCUGUCAUCUGGAGGAAGAAGCGCUCAGGUACGGAAUGGAGUGGGGGGAUCUGAGGUCUCUUGUCCCUC